UGUGGCCCGACCUGCAUGAUGAGCGACGUGCUGGUGGCCACAUUGGGCUCCUUGGACUGCAGCUGGCGGUGGGAGUAGUUGAGGCCGUCCCACGACGCGCUGACCAUGUUGACCACGUUGGCGUGGACCACCGUGAAGUAGCCUCUGAGCCAACAUGUCCCGCUCCGCAGCCAGGUCCCGUGCUGAAAGGCAAAAGGAGCCGAAGGGCGGGCCUUCUGCUCAGGUGAGCUCGCCUCUGGGGCAGAAGCUGGAGGCUGAAGAUACGACUCCCGGUCGCUUAACGCGGGCUCAGCAGAUGGAUUGGUUGAUGCACGAGGAUGCAGAAGAGAUAGUGGGGGAGCUUAUGGAUGAACUGCUGGGCAGGGUCCUGGACGGCUGUCAUAAGGUGGACAUUGAAAGAAAGCUGGUGCAUUUUUGUACGUCCUGGGCCGAGACCUACAUCACACAGGUUCUACAGCAGCAAUUGCUGUAUGUAGAUGAAGGAGAUGAACCAGAGGAACUAUCUAAAACAGAGGACCCUGAGCCUUUACCAGCCAUUCCAGAUGUCUUGGCUCCAGGAUGUGUACCUGUUAUACCUCCUACCCCUCUGCCUACCUUGCAACAGGAUGAUGUCAUUGCUGAAGAAAAACAGGGACGUGGAGUUGAUCACAGACACGCUGCUGCAGCCCAAACUAAUAGCCCCCAAAAUCAACCUGAAGCAAAAACAAGUCCCAGGAGGCCUGUCAGUAAAAAUGACCGUAAAGGCUUUAGUCCCCACCCCCCACCUAAAAUUGAAAGAAAGAAAAAACAGCAAUUUGCAGUAAUUCCCAAGCCAGUUCCAGGAAACUCACUCCCUUCACUUUCCUGUUCAGUCAAAGACAGCAGUGGAACAGCAGAGGGUAGAUGUAGAGCACGUUCUUUUCCUAACCACAAAUCUGGACCAUUUUUUCAGCCCAAAGGCCAACAGCCCAUAACGAAGCUUGACCUCGCUGCCCUUCCCAGACAUUGUGUAAUUCCACUUUAUGAGAUUGUGGAUACGAAUUGCACAAAACCCAAGAAACCAAGUGCACUAUCUAAACUAGAAUCAAAAUACAAGAAGCAGCAAGCUGAGAGGACAGCUACAUCACUGAAGCUAGUACCAAGCUCCACAGAUCCGCCAGCAGAGUUUCAAACAACAAACAAGGCACAAGUCUCCCCUAAAGACAUGUCUCCAUCUAGUUAUGGAAAGGAAGGAAUGGUGUCUUCUGAGUCUGUGAGGUUGAACACAAUGGUUUUGGCCAAGGGUGUUACUCUCCUGGACCCAAAAACUGCACAAAUGGACCCUCCCAGGUUUUAUCCUGCUAAGCAGUCAACCAAGCUGAGGCCAAUACGGAGGGAUGCAGCUAUGCCAAAGUUUUCUGCUGAUCAGAUUACCUCAGGUUUACCACCUCAGGUCACUCCAUUAUUUCAGUCAAAAAGCUGAUUUAUUAAAUUCAUUCACUCCUUCA